CAUUGGAGACACCAACUUCCUGAAGUCUUUGUCCCCGUGCGUGAAUUAGCAUUAUAAUUCUGCAUGACAUUCCAAGACAAUCUUCAAGCCUAUUUUGUCAGACUUGUUUUAUAAAUAGUGUACAAGUACAUUUGUGCCGUAUGGGUUGUCAGCUGUUCAUGAAUUCUGGAGAUGAUGUCUGCGUCAGGUGAGGACUUUUGCCUGGCCGGCAGUUGUUACAAAAUUGUGUUGGAAUGAAAAAAAAAGUUCCUAAAACAGACUUUGGGGGAAAGGUUUCCCUGCCAAUACGAAAUGAAUUAUGUUGAAAAAGAUUUUUUGCGAUGACGAAAUGAUGCGAUAAAGAUGGAGACGAAUAUAUUCCAAUUGCAGGAAACGGAAACCAGCAAAGAUGUUUCUGAAGAUGGGAUAGAGAACUGUGGUUCACAUAAAGAGGAUGUGGUGGGAACGACAGAAAAGUGUGAUCGGGAUGUGGUAGAGGAGGAGAGUUCUCUCUUGAUGUCUGUCGAAAAUGUGACUUCGGAUGAGGAGGAGGAAGACAGCUGCAACGGUGAUGGUUGCGGUGAUGAAAAAGGUAAUGUUCCGAGCAAUACGAAGUGCGGGAAUAUAGUAAAUGAGUUGAGGAGAAAUGCUGAGUUCUCAGAACACAUGGAUGAUCUAAGACAAACUGAUGAUCAAGUAGUGGCAUCUGAAGCUAUCGCUGAAACUCCAAAUAACAGUAGACUGGUGUUAAAGUAUUCUAUUAGAAAUGGUGAGUCCAUCAGAGAAAGAAAAUCAAGGGCGCAAGAGAACGAUUUUCAAGGUCGUAAUGUAGACAUAGAUGUGGAGGAGACGGAGAAACAGAAGACUGAAGGUAGCCCUCGCGGUAGUUGUUCUGGAAAAAUUGGCGAUGAUAAUGAAGGAAAACCCCUAGACGAAAAGUUUGCCAAGGGUGAGGCCUCAGACGACGACACCGACGUGGACAGUUUUCCCGAGGCGGAGGAGACAAGAUGGAGGGUGAGAGUGGUGAAGAAAGCGGAGGAGGAAGAAGAUAACGUGCACAGAAGGAAACGGCGAGUGCCCAGUAUGCAAAUUGUUUGGAGUUUGACAGAAGACCAGGAUGCGGAUGUGCCGGUCAAAGUGUCCGAUGGCGGGACUGGUGGUCUGUCUUGUGGGUCGACGGUCGCUGCCGGGAGAAGUUCCAGCUCUCGCCGCAAGCGUGGAGAAACGGUGCUUUCCUCUUCGUCUUCCUCUUCCUCUUCCUCUUCCUCCCGCAGACAGACGGAUGCUGGGACGAGCAAGUGUGACAAUUGUGAGGAAGGUUCGGUUAGAUUCACGAGGAUUGGCCGCUUGAAACAAGAAGUGUACAAAUGUGAUGUGUGUGGGGAGACCGUGCGAGGGCGGGAUCUGAAAAGACACGAGCAAAUCCAUCGGGGAAGUGGGGUGUCAGAGAACACUUCCUGUGGGGUGGUGUCUCGUUCGGGGGACGUGCAGUUGGGUGCCGGCGAGAAUGAUAAUCACGCGGAAAAACUAACAAUUUUUAUUGGGAAAUCUAUGGAGAAACAGAAAGGAAAAGGAGGUGCGAAAACCAAGAAAGUGGCCUCGUCCACAGGAGAGACGGUGCUGACGUGUGACCUCUGCGGUAUGACCUUCAGCCGCGCGGGCUCGCUCAAGAGACACAAGUUGACGCACAGCGGGGAGAAGCGCUACAAGUGCGACGUCUGUCUCUCCUGCUUCAGCCGCGACUCAGAUCUCAAACGUCACAGACUGAGCCACUCGGCCGCCCGCCCGCACAAGUGCCACGUCUGUGAGGCGGCCUUCGCCCACGCCAGCUACCUGAAGAGCCACGUGGUCAUGCACACAGGGGAGAAACCUUUCAAGUGCCAGGUUUGUGGCAAACGCUUUUCCAAAUCGGGACAUCUGAAGAGUCACUCGUUGGUCCAUACCGGAGAAAAACCAAACAAAUGCGACGUUUGCGACGCCCGGUUUCGGUGGGGGAGCUCGCUGAAGAAACACAAACUCCUGCACACCGGGGAAAAACCAUUCAAGUGUGACCUGUGUGAGGCUUGCUUUGCCCGGCCCGACGACUUGACGGAACACAAGCUGGUGCACGCGGAGAUGAAGCCUUACCAGUGCUCGCUGUGUGAGGAACGCUUCAGCCUACCAAUAGACCUCAACAAGCACGAGCUCUCGCACGCGGGGGGGAAACCCUUCAAGUGCGAUAUCUGCGGCGCGGGGUUUGCGCAGUCGAGCAGCGUGAACAAACACAAGCUGAUGCACCUGAAGGAAAUGCCGUACGCGUGCGAGAAGUGCGGGGAAAAGUUCCGCCGGAUCGUCCAUCUGAACCAACACCGUCUCCUGCACGAGGACGAGAAGUCCCACAACUGCGACAUCUGCGGGGCCACGUUCCGCCGGGAGGGGUUUCUGCGGAAGCACAAGCUGUUCCACGCCCGGCGCAAGAUGUGCAAGUGCAGCGUGUGCGACGAGCAGCUCCGCGACACGGCCUCGCUGCGUCACCACAUGCUGCGACACACGGGCGAGAAGCCGUACGCCUGCGACCUCUGCGACAAGCGGUUCACGCAGCCCAAUAGCCUCAACCGCCACAAGAUGAUCCACUCGGGCCAGAAGCCGUACGCAUGUGCCAUGUGUGGGAAGAGGUUCACGCGGCCGGGCGACGUGAAGCAGCACAGCAUCGUGCACACGGGCGAGCGGCCCUACAAGUGCGAGGUGUGCAACGCGGGCUUCACGCAGUCCUACAACCUCAAGAUGCACAAGCUGGUACACACCGGUGAGAAGCCGCACCAGUGCGACAUCUGUCUCACCAGGUUUGCGCAGAUGAACACGCUGCGUCGCCACCGGCUGACUCACACGGGGGAGAGGCCCUACAAGUGCGACUUUUGCGACACGCGCUUCACGCAGAGGAGUGCCAUGAACAAACACAGACUCAUACACACGCGGGACAGUUCUGCCAAAAUUUCCUGACUGUAUCCGUGAAGAGUUUUUAUAGUUGUUUUUUGGGGGGGGUUUUUGUCUUUUGUUCUUGGAACUUGAACUUACCAUUUUUCUGUUACUAUUUCCUUUUGCCAUUUCACGCACAUUGAUCUAAAUUGUGUUGAUGGGGAGUAAAAUCACCUACUUCUGAAGCAUGAUUAAAAAAACCAAAUCAGACAGACAUUAAAUUUGUCGAUCCCACCUUUUAAAUAGUCGCUUUUAAGGACAAGCGGGCUAACCCAGAUUUCGAGGGUUUCUAGAAAUCUUGACCUA